UAGUGGUGGAUCCAGAACCCCCCCCCCACUUUCUCCCAUACCAAGCUACCUCCAGUCCUGGGUUCAAGAAUAAAUUCCAUAAGAGCCAAAGAUGUUUGUCUUGCUCUAUGUUACAAGUUUUGCCAUCUGGACAAGUGGACAACCUCGGGGUAAUCAGUUCAAAGGAGAAAGUCACUCCCCGAGGUAUAUCUGUAGUAUACCUGGUUUGCCUGGGCCUCCUGGUCCCCCAGGAGCUAAUGGAUCACCUGGGCCACACGGUCGUAUUGGCCUUCCAGGAAGAGAUGGUAGAGAUGGCAGGAAAGGUGAAAAAGGUGAAAAGGGGACCGCAGGUUUAAGAGGCAAGGCUGGACCUAUUGGACCAGCUGGAGAGAAAGGGGACCAAGGAGAGACUGGUAAAAAAGGACCUACAGGACCAGGUGGAGACAAAGGAGAUGUAGGUCCAAUUGGACUUCCUGGACCCAAGGGAGACCGAGGAAAGCAAGGUGAUCGAGGGGCUCCUGGUAUCUGCAGAUGUGGGAGCAUUGUGCUCAAAUCUGCCUUUUCUGUUGGCAUCACCACUAGUUACCCAGAAGAAAAAUUACCCAUUGUGUUCAACAAAAUCCUUUUCAAUGAAGGGGAGCACUACAAUCCCUCAACAGGAAAGUUCAUAUGUGCAUUUCCAGGAAUCUAUUACUUUUCUUAUGAUAUCACAUUAGCCAAUAAACAUCUGGCAAUUGGGCUGGUACACAAUGGGCAAUUCAAGAUAAAAACUUUUGAUGCUAACACAGGGAAUCAUGAUGUUGCCUCUGGAUCCACAGUGAUCUACCUUCAGCCAGAAGACGAAGUCUGGCUUGAGAUCUUUUUCACAGACCAAAAUGGCCUUUUCUCAGAUCCAAGUUGGGCAGACAGUCUAUUUUCUGGAUUUCUCUUAUAUGUUGACACAGACUACCUUGACUCCUUAUCUGAAGAGGAUGAAUUAUGAAAGUGAUUGACAGUCUGGAAAUUUCCCUCCCUCAUUAUACAAACUGACAUAGGAUAUAAUCUGGGAGCCAAAGAUAGUGGAACAGUGCUGCUAUAAUCUGAAGGAACUACCAGCCAGAUUCUAAAGGAAACUGUGGAUUUUUUUUCAACAGAAUCCAUUGAAGCAAGAUGCUGUACCAAACA